AUGGCUACAUUAUUUGGUGUAUCUUUAAAUCCUUUUUCAACGCCUGUUGGUGAAAAAAUUGAAUUAGCAACUGAUGGAGGGUUAGCUUCUGAAAAUUGGUCUCUCAAUAUGGAAAUUUGUGACAUGAUCAAUGAUACCGAAGAAGGUCCUAAAGACGCAGUUAAAGCAAUUCGUAAAAGAUUACUACAAAAUGCAGGCAAAAAUCAUAAAAUAAUUAUGUAUACUUUAACAGUUUUAGAGACAUGUGUGAAAAAUUGUGGUAAAAGAUUUCAUAUAUUGGUGUGUAAUAAGGAAUUUUCUCAAGAACUAAUAAAAUUAAUUGGUCCAAAAAAUGAUCCACCAACCAUUGUACAAGAAAAAGUAUUAAGUCUUAUUCAAAGUUGGGCAGAUGCUUUCCGUAAUCAACCUGAUCUUCAAGGAGUUUACCAAGUAUAUAGAGAACUUCUCCAAAAAGGAAUUGAAUUUCCUAUGACCAAUCUAGAUACAAUGGCCCCUAUACAUACACCAAAUAAAAGUUAUUUUGAAGAACUCAAACCAGUAGAUUGUGCCCAGGCUAAUGAUCAGAAAAAUAAUCAAUUACUUGGUUCAGAACAACUUUAUAAACUCAAUGCUGAUUUGGAAUUAGUCCGUGGUAAUAUGACUGUAUUAAAUGAAAUGCUCUCAGAACUAGUACCUGGAAAAGAAGAUGCAUCUGAUGUUCAACUUUUAACUGAUUUAUAUACAACAUGUAAAGCAAUGCAAGAAAGAAUUGUUGAACUUCUUGCAAAAUUACCUGAUGGAGAAUUCACUGAACAGUUGUUGCUAGUGAAUGAUGAUUUAAAUAAUCUUUUUCUUCGAUAUAGCCGAUAUGAAAAGAAUAGAGAAGCUGGAUGUAACAAUACUAUAGUUGAUGGUCCAUCUUCAAAAAAUACUGAUUUACUUCAAGGUUUUAUUGAUGAACCAAUUGCUACAACUUCAAACCAAUUUUCAAAACUAACUCUUAAUAAUGAAAAACUUAAACAAAAUCCACCUGCAGAUUUGCUAACAAGUAUUCAGUCUGAUGAUUUUGAUAUGUUUGCUCAAUCUCGAUCAGUUUCAUAUGAAAACACAAAAAUUGGAGGAAGUAGUUAUGAUGCCAAUUUAAAGCCAGAUCAAGUAAACAGUUUAGCUUCUUUAACUCAAGCUCGAUCUCAAAAUGUGACUACAAAAGAUGAUUGUGCUCACGAAGAUGUCAUCAGGAUGCAUAGUGAACAAGAUUUUGAUGAAAUAGCAGCAUGGCUUAGUGAAAAUCCAGGAAGUUCAAUCAGAACAGGGGGUGAAAUCGAAGAAUCUUUAUCUAGCAGCGAGUUUGAAAGAUUCUUAGCAGAAAGAGCAGCAGCUGCUGAAAAUUUACCCGCAGGAAACAAUGAAAAUGAACCAAAGCAUAACAAGGAAAAACAAAGUGAUACCAUGUUUGCUUUAUAAGGAAAUAUUUGAAUUUUAAAUUAUUUUAACUAUUAUAGUCAUUGAAUAAUGAAUAUUAAUCA